GCUAGUUCCAAGACAUGAAUUUUUGUAUGAAGAUAAAAUGUGGAGACAUCCAUAUAGAAUAGAAAGCAUGGGCCGACAAUUUUCAUUUCAUGAAGAAGCAUCACUUGUAUAUUACAAUCCUGGUAUCUUGGUUCAUGUAGAUGAUAACUUUUAUCAAAGAAAUGCAAUAAAUUUUGCAAAUUACAGACAAUAUGCAUAUCCAGGUGCUUAUAAAAGAUAUCCAGAUUAUUAUUACAGUGAUGUUAGAGAACGAAGGCGAUUUUAUCCCAAUCCUUAUUUACCAAAUCACUUAACACCAGAUGAUUUUGAAGAUGAUCAACCUCCAAGAAAAAGAUUAAAAAUAGAAAAUGGUUCUAACAUCUAUAAUAAUGACUUAAAUUAUAUAACCAACAAACAUAAAAUUUAUGAUCACCAAGAACAACAAAGCAAUGAACCUGUAAUACAAAAUCCACAGUUUGCUGAACAAAAAUUAGAUCCUCUAAAAUUGAGUGAACAAUUACAAAAACAUUUUGGAAAACCAUCAUCAUUUUCUCAGUCUACUGUGAACUCAUCUGAUGAAACUAAUUUAAACCAUUCAAUUACAGAGAGUCAUAAUAGUGGAUUGUUGGUAGAACAAAUGAAAGAAAUUUAUGACACACUCAUUGCAAAGGAUGAUCCAAAAAAUUCAGAUGAAUUAUGGCCAAUAAAUGAAAAAGAUAAUAAUUUUAUAUCAAGAAGCAGUGGUGGGACUUGUCGAAAUUGCAUGAAAAUAGGACAUUCUGUAAAAAAUUGCAAGAAUCCAAGAAAAAUACCACUUUGUUUUAUUUGUGGAAGUGAUAAACAUGAAGGAGAAGUUUGUAAGGAAAUAAGAUGCAGCAGGUGUUUAAGACUUGGCCAUUAUCCAGAGCGUUGUAACUGGUAUGAGAGGGAAUGGAAUAUUUGUAACCUAUGCAAAAUUCCUGGUCAUUUUUUUGAAGAAUGUCCUGAUAUGUGGAGGCGAUAUCAUCUCACAACUUCUACAGGAAAUAUUGUUUCUCAGUCUUCUCAGUUGCCAAAUCCAUAUAAAUUUUGUUAUAAUUGUGCAGAAGAAGGACAUUUUGGGCAUGAAUGCCAUGAAAAUAGAUUAGAUAAGUAUUCCUAUCCUUCUAAUCCUUUCAUCAUCAGCUAUGGUAUACAGAAAGAAACCAGUAAUUCAGUUAAAACUGAGGUAAAAAAGAUUGUAAAAGAAAAAUCUGAAGAACCCGAAGAAACCAUCAAAAAACGUUUUAAUGUUUUUAAAGAACUCUGGUCUAAACAGUGAAUUUUGUGAUUAUGUAUACACAGAGUAUUUUCCUUAAUAGAUUUUAUCAAAAAAAUUAUCUACAUCCAUUAUUUAAUAAUAGAGGUAUUUAUUGUCUAAAAAUUUCUUCCACUAAUUUUUAAAGUAUGCAGAAUUAUGCCAAAUAAAUAUAUGUAUAAAUUUAAAUACAACUUAUAUUUUUUAAUAAGUUUACUAAUUAUGUAUUUUUUUCUGUGAAAGUUCCUUAUUUUUCAGUAUCUAUGCAAAAUGCUAGGGGAAAAAAAAUGUUUAAAUCUGGACACAGAUAAUGUAAAUAUUUGUAUAUUGUUAUAAUAAAGGAAGCUGGGUCUUUCUCUUA